AUGCAGACAAAAAAAGGCUACGAGCCUGAGGUCACGGUGAAAGGAACCUCCACAUUCAUCCAAAAGUUGGCGGAAGCAUGCGCUACCCCGCAAGGCAAUGCGCAAGGCAAUUUGCCAGGAAAGCCUGGAGUCCUCGGAUCUGUAGCGGGGCAGAGUAAAGAUCAAAGUCCGGAGGUGGCUGGAGGACUUGGGUCUCAAGGAAAUGGUGGAGGAGCAGCGCAACCUGGAGGACAAUAUGGUCAGGAGCAACAAGGGCUGUCUGGACUUGGGGACGAUCAAGGUUCAAGAGUGGCUGCAUCACAAAGUGAGCCGAGUAAGCAAAACGGGCAGGAAAAGCAAGGGGGACAAAAGGGUGCACAAGAGAACGAAGGAGACAGUUCUAGGGAUACCCCAGGCUCGCCUAAGCCUGCAUCACAAAAUGGGAAUGAAGGAUCCACAAAUACAGAACAACCACAUGGAUCGGGUGCUCAGCAGGAGCCUGGACAGGACUAUGGCAACGGCAACGCGGUUCCGGGAGUGGUUGCUAUCUCACAGACAAUUCCCUACCCUAUCUACAAUACCUCACUUUCAUCACCAGUACCAACUGAGUCCGCAAGCAGUGGUCUUAGCUCAUCAAUCAUUUCGCCCUCUGGUAGUUCACCGACAAAUGGUACCAAGUCAGCGGCGACCAGCUCCAGCGUUGCAUUACCCUCUGUCUCUGCACGAAGCUUCCGGCUAUAUGUCAAUGACAAUGAUGAUCUAAACGCGCGUCCAGUUCGUGAAUCAGGGGACGGCUUCAUGCUUCUUGGAGGGACUGAAGAAGCCACGCUCUUGACCAUAGACCCAGCAACGACACUGAAAGACCCGCAAGGUAACUUCGUCUACUUCAUCCCGAACGAUGGGGGCUCGAAGCGAGUCAAACGCAAUCAGGGAGACCCACAACUGUCGUACAGCUCAAACCCUCCUCACGGCGCUAUCAGAUAUGGAUUCCAGCUCAGCAAUAUCAAUUUGAUAUGCAGUGACGCGAAAAGUAACUACACUUUCUACACUCGCGACCAAGCGAGCGAGAAAGCUCAGCCGAUUUACGUUGCUCGUGUUGGUCAAAUUCCAAGAGACUCUUUUGGGUUUGGUCUGGUUACUGACCCAGAUUUCAAAUACAAUAUCAGUAUUUCGAGUGGCCCAACCGCAAUCGCUGCGUCACCAACUAUUUCGCAAGCCUUGUCAACUAACAUUCCGAAUAAUUCUCCUCCCUUUGAAUUCUCUACACCAUCUCCUGGCGUGCAACCUGCAGGUCCUACAAGCAUACCGAUACUAUCAUCACCUGAGUCAGUUGGGGGCCCUUCUUCACCCAGCUUGCAGACUACAUCCUCAAGCAUGGCUACAGCGAAGCCUACAUUCAACCCUACUCAAAGCGAAGGGAAUUCGCAGACUUCAAGCUCAGAAAUACCGAGCACGUUCAUUCCUCCAAGCUCAUCAGCAACCUCGGAAGAAGACCAAGAGCCUUUGACCAGCUUCCAGAGCUCAUCAACACUGUUUGAAACAUCUCAGGACUUGACAAGCCCAACCGUCACUGAACAGAUCAGCACCGUUGCAUCGAGCUCAAGUGUAACAUCAACUUACAGCGCCAGUACGGCGACACCGACGAUUGUCCAGUACAUCAGUGGCUUUGACAAUCAAGGCCUCUACGAUGAUCCUGCAGACGGCCAGCUUCUAGACCAGCAAUUCAUUCUCGACGAUGGGAACGCUGACCUCGACUAUUGCGCAACUACCUGCAGCAGCUAUACCUUUAUGGGAAUAGAAAACGGUAUGAACACCCUACUAGCUUCGGCCGGACUCACUAACGAGUUCCAUUAG